AUGGACGUUCCAUUCGCCUCGUCUGGGGCCAUGAACAGAAUGCACUAUUCACUUGUGCGAAAAGUUGAGGAAGCGCCAUCGCCAGGUGCCGCAGAUCAACUUCUACAGGAAGAAGCACGCGCCAUGCAACACGAGCUAUCUCAACCAGGUCUAUCCCAGAGACGUUCCAAGGAAUGCUUGAUCAUGAUCAUGUACUGCGCUAUGGCAACGACAUUCGGCUCUUUAGACCAUAGGGUUACAGACUCGGCGCUGCCACACGCGGUCACGCUUGCAGAGAGCGGUGGAACGAUACAGAACAAACGAAUCGGCUACCUCUUCUGUGCCCAAAUGAUGCCAGUCACGCACGAACUUCAGCUGAUGCUAGUCAAUACGCUUCGCAAGGACCUGGAGAGUCCAGAUGUUCCCCACAUAUGCAUUGCCUUGGAUUCGUUGUGUGAAUCACCAAACGAACUCGUCAUUCCUGCAGUACAGUCGCGUCUGCACGAUCUAUUAUCUCACAGCUCGGUUAAUGUACGCAGACGUGCAUUAUUGGCCUACAAGAGUUUAUCUCAGGCAGAACCGACGCUCGUCACACAAAUUUCGACCAAAUUAUACAAGCGUAUGGGCGACGAGGAUACAUCUGUUGCGACAGCUGCGAUACUCACGUCGCUAGCACUUGUUGAAGCUGAUGAAAGCUUGAAAGCACGAGUAGCGGACGAGCUCAACGCCCUCUGGCGAGAUUCGCAGUCACGGAGCCACCACUCCCCCUUGCGCCAAUUCCUUCUUGUCUUGUUAUUUGCUCUUAGUAGUGUGGGCUUUUCGCCUGUACGAAGUGUACGGGGGUUGCUGACUUCGUCGGACGUGAACGACCAGUACACCUUUCUGUCGUGCUUGGAAUGUCUGACUCCGGCAUUGUGGGCAGGUACGACACCGGAUAUCCCACCGGUCUUGGAGGCAUGGGAGGUGGAGCGUGUCAUGCAACUACUGUAUUCAAAAGAUCCCUUGAUGCGGCGGAAAACCCUAGGGAUCUUGAACCAAGUCGAUCAUAAUAUCGUCGUCAACUAUUAUCAACAAAUUCUUCAAACCGUGGCAGACUCAGGUCACGGUUCUGCUGACGCCGUGAUUCUGUUACUGGAGAUCGUCGAAGUACAAACAGCCUCGGACGGCGAGGCAUAUGCCCGUGAAGUCAAGGAAUUAUUUAGAAUUUUGGAAGGUCCGCCUCUUAGCCCCAAACAAGGUGUGUCGGAAGAAGCAAUCCAGAUAAUUCUGACUCGCAUCAUGAGUGGGGAUGGCGCGUAUAGGAUGAAUUGUGCGACUGCUCUACUUACAGCUAUUGCUGAAGCCGAGGUGCACGCUGGUCCGACUCUGAUCGUCCUUGUAUCGGCGCUCGCUGUUGAAUAUGCAGAGUGUGUGUCCGUCUCGCCUGUGCACGUCAUGCGCGGCCUUGGCUACCUUUUGAAGAACUGCAGUGCUGCGGUGCAGGAUGCAUGCUUAUUGGCUAUGCUGCGGCUGUCCGCACUUUGCGAAGAUAUCCCUAAUGACAUCGUUGAGCAUGUGUCCGCUGCAAAGGAUCAGGGAGGUCGAUAUGUCAAGCGGCGAUGCGACCAGUUCCUUGCUCUGUCGACACAGCGGAGUGUAAUUACGCAAAUUGUGCGCAGCGCGCGUUCAUCUUCGCUCCCUGAUUUCCUAGCGGCCCUCCAGGAACAUGAAGCUCGCCAGUUACAAUCAACAACUCAUAGCCAAUCGUCUGAAGUCCCUACUCCCGUUAGUUCGCCUCCCAAGUCUGAACCUCGUAAAUUGUCCCCCAAAUUGCGGUACAAAGCAUACGAGCUACCCCCUUCUACUCCCCCAAAGAGAAGUCACCUGGCCACUCCACGCCACUCACCAAACAUGAUCAUCGAACGCUCACCACUGAGACGCCCAGGACUCAUAGAUCCACUGUCCAACACGGUGUCCCCAGGGGAACUAGCUCUUGCUGCAGGAUCCGAUCAACUGGAAAUAAGCACUUCAUCUCCACAGGUGUUGGACGAUAUAAGCUCGCGAAUGGACCUUAUUGCCUUUGAUACGCCUACUGCACCCGAUGAAUACCAACUAAAUAUGGGCUCGGAGGACCUUGACUUCGAGGCCACAUGGGACUCUCUGUCCGAUACAUCCGGCGCCCGAGGAUGGUGUUCUAUUUUGAUGGAAGGUGUAUUGCGCAUUCUACAACAAAGCCUCGAGGGUUAUCGUCUGCAGGUCAUUGCAGUUGAUUAUCCGCCUUUUUUGGGCGAACUGAAAAUCUUGAUAACGAAUGGCUCGACGAGUCAUGCGCUCGUCCGAUUGAAGGAAAGCGAAGAGGACAGCUGCCUGUGGCGCAUGCGAUGUGCGGAUGCCGGCCUGCGAACACGUUUGAAGAGGCUCUUUGCAGACGAAGAGGGAGCUUGA